AUGGCGAAGCUCAGAAAGUGCUUCAUUCUCCUCGCCCUCGGGCUAGCUGCCGCUUCUUCCGCAGCUGCUGUCGCCAUAGGCGGCCGCUCCAGCCCUGGCGUGUCCGUCGAGCCCCCAAACGGCGAUGCUCGUCCAUCAGUCGCUCGCCGUGGUUUGGACGUCGGCUCUGCAAGGGAGUACGACGGUCCUGGCGGCGAUUCGGAGCGCUACUUCGACUUCGACUCGGACGUGCAGCAAAGUGUUCGUCGUCGCGAUCACGAACGCGGACGCAAUCUUACGAUCAACAAACGUUCCGAAGAAAACGCUAUGCAUCGAGCGGGCAGUGGCCACAACAACAGUGGCAACCACUGCUGCGGUCUACAUGGCGACAAGGACGAGAUGCGCAGCCGCGACUUCGUCCAGGAGCAGAAACCUGACUCGCAUGAGCCGCAUGACGAUCCGUCCGAAUCCGUCGAAGUCGACUUGCCCAAUUACGACCCCUCACUCGUCCGACGCAGUGACCCCAGCUCUUCCUACGAGUACGACGGUCCUGGAGGCGACCACGAGCGUCGAGGGCAUUUCAAAUUUGACGAAGAUGGAGGCGACGAUGGCGACGACGGUGAUGAGUGGGUUCACUCUGUCCGUCGCCCUCAUCAUCGUCGUGACCUUACCGCCUCCGAGCACGCCCACACGGCCGAAGCACUCACCCGGACGCAGCUUCAAUCUCACGUCUACGCCUCCGCCGAUCGUCAAAUGAACGACUUGUUCGCCAAAAACGGUCACUGCGACGGUCCUCAAUCGUCCAUCUGCCAAGACCACUCCUGUCUGCUCCACAACCGAGGUUGCAUUGCCUACACGCCCGAGGAGCAACGCGAGCUGCGCGCCCAAACGCGUCAGAUCAUGCUCAAGGUGGCCUCCACCGGCAAGUGCGAGCCUUCCGCUUCGAACGAGCACUGCACCGAGUCGGGAUUCUGCGAUAUCUUUGACCAGCCCGAGGACAGAAACGACUGUCAUGAGUUGGAGGAGAAGGAUCAUGAGCGACUCCUCAGUCUGCUAAAGGUGCAGCCGGAUGGGUCGUUUGACUUCGUCCAACGCGGGGCGUCACCGUACACGACCAACAUGGUCGACCUCGAGCCCGAAAAGUUUCAGCGAGGUCGCGGGUCAAGAUCGCGUGCAUGGCCGCGGAUCCCCUGUGGUGCGGUGAUCGGGGGCAACGCACACUGUGCACCAUCGGCUCUCGGAGCGCACGAGUUGGUCAAACGGUUCCUCCCCAACCACUAUUGCCGCGGUGAUCCGAAGACGGCGAAAGUAUACUGCGGGCCAGAUGAUCGACCGCCAGCUCACGGGGUCCACUUGCUGAAACGCUCCCUCCCUCCCAGCCACCACGAUCCUCACCAUCCAUCCGAGGCCGAUGAAGAAGGUAACUUGGUCAAGCGCGACCCGCCCCCGCGCGGCUGCUGGAGAGGCCCGGGCGAUGACAACCAUUGUAAUGGCAAGGCUGCCAGCCAGCGCGAGCUGACCAAGCAUUCCGAUCCUCACCAUCCGCCUGAGGCCGAAGAGGCAGGCAAGCUUAUCAAGCGCUUCGACCGCAAGCACGGCUGCCGGGAGGACGAGAAUGGUGUUCUUCAUUGCGACGACGACCGUCAACAGAUCGAGGAUGAGCAGCGUCAGCCGAGCAGACAGGGACAGCUCCCGGGCUGCUGGCAGGACCCGGCCGGUCGAGUCUUUUGUCCGAAUCGCAUCGACGCAUCGCCUCGUAUCGUCAAGCGGAAGAAGAGCGGACGCGGACCCAGCUGUCUUUGGGACGACAACGUUGGGUUGGCCUGUCGAGCUGAGGGGCGUGUUCAUGACAAGCGCUCUGCAGCGUCGGGCGAUCAUCGCUUCUGCUUCUGGGAUCCGACCUAUGGCCAGGUUUGCACGUACGAUAAGCCGACGCAUCCUCCGGUCGUUGUCAAGCGGGAUGAGGGCGCAUCGCCCGACCCCGACUGCUGCCAUUUCGUCCCGGGUGUUGGGUCGGAUUGUGCCAAGGGGUGUUUUGCCGGGCAUGGUCCUGCUGACGCUGCUGAGCAUCUCGAGAAACGCGAUGUCCAUCACGCAAAAUGGUGCUACACCGAUCCGAGCGGAGAGAAGAUCUGUGCUGCCGACGCUGGCACGCUCAAGCGAUCACUCACAGGCCCGCACCCUGGUCAUCCCGGAGAGCACGCUCACUGUCACGUCGACGAUGACGGCUACGAGCGGAGCACACUUUCCGUCCAUCCGUCACACACGUCGCCGGUCAAGCGCGCUCUCGCCGACAUCGUCACUGAGGAGCUGCAGAAGCGAUCGGAGGACGAUUCUGAUGACGGAGCGGGGGUGCCAAGCGACGAUUCGCCCUCGUCCCCUCCCCCGCACGCCAAGCGCUCCGCCAUCGAAUCGACUACGACGUACCACCCCUCGAUCGAGUACCAGCCGACCCGGCGCGAGGUGGACGACUUCAUGCGGCUGUGCAGGCAUCUGGCGCUGGACCGCUCCGCGCUGCGCGAGGUGGCUGUCUCCGCCGGCGUGCACGACGAGGUGCAGAUGAAUCGGCUGCAGCGUCGAUUUGCGAUGCUAGCGCGCGAUCGAAGGAUGGCACGGGAGGUGUUGGAGCGCGCGAAAGUCGCCCAGAUGCUCAUGGAGAGCAAGCGGGAGGUGAUGCAGGAGCAGAUGGUGGGCAAGGCCAAGAAGGUCGUUGGUGAUGGGGAGGUGCGUGCUGUUGCGAAACGCGGUGAGGGGGAUAAGGAGUAA